AUGGCUAACAACGAUGCUCUAGCUGAUGCUAUUAGGCUACUAGCUGAGAACUUGAACCAAAACCGUAAUGAUAAUCCCGAUCAUUCUGGUGAGAUGUUUAAGAAGCUUGCACAAGUCAAACCACCAUACUUUGAGGGAGGUGUAGACCUAACUUUUCUGGAGAAUUGGAUUAGGGAGUUCGAUAAGAUCUUUACUGCUUUGAAUUGUCCUGUGAAUAUGAGAAUGGAUCAAGCUGCCAUGUAUUUGAAGGAAGAGGCAGAUGUUUGGUGGAGGGAUAAUGGAAACGUGCUUCGUGCUGAGGCUAAUUUUGGUUGGGAGACUUUCAAAACCAAACUUAGGGAAAAUGCCACUGAGGAGUUGAAAGCUCAAAGAUUUGAUCAAGGUUUGACUAAGCAGUUACAAAAGGACUUGGCUGGAAAGACUUUUAAGACUCUUGAUAAGGUGUAUGGGAGAGCAGCGCACCUGUAUAUCUUGAAUGUCAGGAAUGCACCUAAGAGUGGGAGUGUUGGAGAAAAGCGUAAGGAUUUUGGGAAUUUGAGUGACCAAGGUAACUUUAAGAAGCCAAGGAACGAGAAUUUCCAGAAUAGGAAUGUUCAAAACAAUGGAGGAUCUUCUAGACCUAAUGGCCAAGCUGAAAGGCAUUACAACUGCAAGAGAUGUGGCAAGGAUCAUCCUGGAAAAGAUUGUGAUGGGAACUUGGUUGUGUGUAGGUUCUGUAACAAGAAGGGCCAUAGGGAGUUUGAAUGUUUCUUAAAACUGAAGCAACAAGGGAAUGGGAACAAGUUUACUCCAACAAGGAAUCAAGGAGAGAAUUCGAAUGGUUAUAAUGGGAAUGGAAAGAACAGAAAUGUUGGCAACAACAACUCCAGGAAUCAAGGAAAGAAUGUCACUACAGGUCGUUUGUCUGUGAUGAACAAGAAGUAA